GUGACUCAGAUGGUCGAGGGAAGGUUUACGCAACCUUAUCUGGGAUGUCCCUCUGACCCGGGGCUGGGUCUGGGGCGCUUCGUACCAGCAGAGGAGCUGCUGCAAACGAGAAAGCAGGAGGCCCGCGGAGCGUCUGGAGCCCCCGCGGCAGGAGCUGCUCCAGCACAUCGCCCGUCUUCCCCUCGUCCGUGGGGUUCCGCGGCUCUUGUGAGCUCCACCUGCCCUGACUUGCUGCAGGACACGUCCUGCAGAGCCCCACCGUCCACCUAUGCUGCGCUUCCUUUGGGAGGGCAUCUCCUUCCAGGUGCUCCUCGUCUUCCUCAUCGUCUUCCUGCUCGUUGCCGACUACAUGAAGCGCAGAAAGCCGAAGAACUACCCUCCCGGCCCCUUCGCCCUCCCCUUCGUGGGGCACCUCCACUUAAUGAACUUCAAGAAUCCCCUAAAAGCAGUGGACAAGAUAACUGAAAAAUAUGGUGAUAUCACCAGCACGCAGGUGGGCGGCUUGUCAUUUGUGUUCGUUAGUGGGAUGCGGAUGAUAAAAGAAGUUCUUGUAAACCACGGGGAAGACUUCAUCGACCGCCCUGACAUUCCUAUUAACAGGGAGAUCUUCAAUGACAUGGGACUGAUCUCCUCCAAUGGGUACCUGUGGAAGCAGCAGCGAAGGUUCACCUUGACCACUCUUAGAAACUUUGGCCUGGGGAAGAGGAGCCUGGAGGAGCGCAUCCAGGAGGAGUGCGGAUACCUUGUGGAUGUGUUUAUGGAUGAGCAGGGGAAUCCUUUCAAUCCUCUCUUUAAAAUCAAUAAUGCCGUAUCAAACAUCAUCUGCUCAAUUCUGUUUGGCAAUCGAUUUGACUACCAUGAUGAGAACUUCCAAAAAUUGCUGCAGCUAAUCGAUGAGACGAUGAGCCUCCAGGCGAAUGUCAUGAGCCAGCUGUACAACUCCUUCCCCUCUAUAAUGAAGUACCUACCUGGAUCCCACCAAACCGUUUUUAAGAAUUGGAAGUUGUUGAAAAGUUUUGUAAAAGAGAAGGUUGACAAACACAAGGAGGACUGGAAUCCUUCAGAGAGCCGGGACUUCAUCGACAGCUACCUGCAGGAGAUAGCCAAGGACAAUGGUGGCAGCAUCUUCCAGGAGGAAAACCUCUUGGCCUGUGCACUCGACCUGCUGAUAGCUGGCACUGAGACCACGUCCACAACCAUCCGCUGGGCAAUACUGUAUAUGGCUAAAUAUCCGGAAAUUCAAGCCCGUGUGCAAGCUGAGAUUGAUACGGUCAUUGGACAGGCACGGCAGCCAGCCCUGGAGGACAGGGACAAAAUGCCCUACACCAAUGCUGUCAUCCAUGAAGUGCAGAGGAAGGGCAACAUCAUCCCAUUCAACGUGCCAAGAAUGGCGGUGAAGGACACUGACUUGUGUGGCUUCCACAUACCAAAGGGUACAGUUGUGCUCACAAACCUGACCUCACUGAUGUUUGACAAGAACGAGUGGGAAACCCCUGAGACUUUUAACCCUGGACAUUUCCUGAAGGAUGGUCAGUUCCGUAAAAGCGAGUAUUUUCUGCCAUUUUCUAUAGGGAAGCGUGCUUGCUUGGGUGAGGUGCUGGCCCGCACCGAGCUCUUCCUCUUCUUCACGGCUCUGCUCCAGAAAUUCACCUUCCAGGCACCCCCGAACACCACACUCAGCCUCGAGUACCAGCUGGGUAUCACGGCAGGCCCACGGCCCUACAAGAUCUGCGCCGUGCCUCGGUAAGGAAGCCGUGGUCUUCAUCCUCGCAAAGGAAAUCCCUUUGGCAGGGUUGCUGCAAACAAGCCCUUGGGGGCUCCUUUAGGCAGCGGUAACGACCAUUCAGCUGCAGGGAGAGGCUGGGUGGUUUGUUUGUUUCUUUUAAAGCAAUUACAAAAUCAUUUCUUUUACAAGCAGACCUUGCACUCUGUAUCACAUGAGAAAGGUGAUCAGUCAGGCAUCUGCCAGGGCACUUUUAGGCUUGCAAUACAGCACUAUAAAUGGGCUUGGGGUUUUCUUAAUUUUAUGAUGGAUGAUUCACAGUGGCAAGGGAAUGAGCAACACUUAGAGUUGAGUUAGAGAUUGCAGCGAUCAGUGGCUGUGUACUGUGGAAGAGCAGCCCUUGUUUUAUAACUUUAAUACAGGUAGUAAUUGCCAGCAUUUUUUAAUUUUAUUAUCCUUGAAAAAUAAUCCAUUAAUAAAGACUAACUCUAUAACAUCUCUUUCCUGUGCAUCAA